AUGCCGCCAUCACCUCCACCAAAGCCGGAUGUCGGCCACUCCCCGACCUCGAGCACGCAUACGGGACACACUGGCCCAUCAAACGCGCAGAGCGGGCAAGCGCAGCAGCAGAAUCAGGCCGGAGCCGCCGGGCCGAGCACCGAACUCCGCACGUACCAAUACAAGAAGCGGCCGUACGCGCAAGCGUGUCUGCCGGCCAACAACACAGGGGACCAGCAGCAGGCCCUCGAAGCGCGGUUGCGGCGCAUUGAGGCCGCGCUCCGCCUCCCUCCCCUCGACGGGAGCGACAACAGCGAAAGCGAGGAGGAGAUGGAGCCGCCCCGCUUCAAACUUGGCGGCUCGGACUUGACUGUCUUCCACGGCGAGACGAGCAUGCACGACGAUGCGACGGACCCCUCGCCCAAGGCCUCCAACCACCCCGACUCUGGGGGACCGAGUGGCCCCCAGUUCGACGCGGCGUGGACGCCGGAAGACAUCCGCGCCCUCACUCGUCUCAGGCACAAGUACGCAAGCCCAGACGAAGGCGAGGCGUUCAUCGAUGCGUACUUCUGCUGGGCUAGCCCGAGUAUCGCCGUCGUGAACCGCAGCAUCUUCCUGCGCGACAUGGCCGUGAAUGGGCCGUUCUUCUCCGACUUGCUGCUCCUCGUCAUCUACGUCAGCGGGCUGCGAUUCAGCCCCAACAUUGACGCCGCCGAGCGCAAGGCAAAAGGAGAGCGAUACAUGGGCAUAAUCAUGAGUUUGAUCGCGGAGGACCUGCAGAAACCCUCCAGUAUUGUCACGGCGCAGGCACUCUUGAGUCUGAGUGGAACACGCAGCGCCGUCGGCGACCAGACACUCGCUUGGAUGCUGGCCGGAAUGGGCAUUCGUAAGAUCCAAGAUGAGAUCCGCGAGAUGCGCGUGCGCCUGUACUGGAGCGGUAAGUGGAGCACACGCCAGGGACCGUGGGCACAGCUCACAACAGCGUACAUCUGGGACAAGACGCUCGCGCUCGGCAUGGGUCGCGAGCCGACAAUGUGCUGCCGGCCCGACGCCGUGCCCGAGAUUAACAUUGACGAGAAGGCAGACGACUGGGACUGGAAGCCCUACUUUCCGGCUGGGGACAAGAUUGACCUCAUCCUGCGGUACCCGCGUCGCACGUCCAUGACGUCUUUCACGCUCAAGCGUACGAUCGGGCUGAACCUGAUCCUCGAAACGAUCCUUGUCAAUAUGUACAGUCCUACGAGGCCGAAUGCGCGCUCCGUCUCGUUCAUUCGCAAGACGGACGAGAGCCUGCUCAAAUGGUACGCCGACCUGCCUGCUGCGAUCAAGCUCGAGAGGGGCAAAAUGCCCGAGUUCUGUCCCCCGACGAACAUCAGUGUGCUCAAUCUCCUGUACCACACCAUGCGCAUUCUGCUGUACCGGCCCCUCUUGACUGUACGCGGGCAAGCGACGGGCAUCACGGCCUCCUCUCUCGACGUGUGCCGCAACGCCAGUAUCGACAUCCAUUCCAUCGUCGCGCUCUGGGGGCGCACUUUCGGCCACGUAAACAUGGUCUAUCUGAUCAUGUACUGCGUCUUCGUCGCCGCGGGUGUGGACGUCAUUCUGCUCCGCAUCGCGGACGCACGUGAGCGCGAGGACGCCCUGCGUCGUAUCCAGGUCGGCCUGCAGAUCCUCGAAAAGGCCUCUGGCCAAGGACCAGGCAUCCGGCGCGGCAUCGGCAUCAUUGCGACGCAGCUACAAGCCGCGAUCCAGCAGCGAGAGCGCUCCGAGGCCCAGCGUGGCCGCGAUGCGCCCAACUCCGCGCCCCAGACGAGUCCGAACGAGCAGCGCCGCGCCGCGUUCCAGGAGUCUUCGCUGCGGUACGAGCCCUACGGGCAGCAGGGGGAGGGCGGGCAGAGUAGCGUCCAGUACCCGUUCCAGCACUUUGAGGGGAGCUACACGACCGAACUCGAGCCGCCUCGCACGUUCAACCUCGCCGACUUGCCGAUGGGCGACUCGGGCGCGCCGUUGUUGUUCAACGACGCUUUCUCGCAGCAGGCGCUUGCUGAUCUGCUCGGCGAGAGUAACGCGAGCACGGAGGAUCCGUUUGCGUUCCUCUCGUCUGAGGGGUGGGAUGUGAGGUUGUCGUAG